GCUGCAGGCUCUGACAAUUUAUUUGGUGAAUUUUUUUAUUUUCUUUUAUUAACAAUAAAUAAUCUGUGCACAUGAAAUGGUAAUUCAAUGUCGCGCAUGCCUCAAUACUAAAGACGCAGAAUUUAUACGCAUGGAGUCCGAUAUAUCAGAUGGCUUCGAUUUCUUUUCUUGCUUCAGUUUAUGUACUCAGCUUGAUGCCGGACUCUAUGACGGAUUGCCUGGUGUGCUUUGCACUAACUGCUCGCAAGAUCUUCAAGUAGCUUUCAACUUUGUGCAAAAUGCACGACAGGCUGACAGAAUGCUGCGAGAAAGUUUGUCACAGAAAUUAAUGGCUGAUGAAUUGAUUGAAACAUUAGAGUCCGAAUCUGGUGAUGUAUCAAUGGAACCUUUGGAGGUAGUUGGAGACAGUGAAAGUGAGGAUUGUGUGGUCGAGGAACUCUUGGAUGAAGAACCUACAUUAGAUGAAGUUAACGAAGGGGGUGAAGAAGAAAAUACCGCUGUAGAAAUUAUGGAGAUCGAAAAGGCAGAAGUAGAGAUUUAUGAAAACUCUUUAGAGGAAAUAGAGCUCAUUGAGAGUAAAUACGAAGAUGCUUCAGCAGUAGAAGAUGUGCAAGAAAGGCUUGAACCACAAACAGACCCAGGGGAAUGUUAUCCUGAAGACGAAAAUGAUGAUCAGUACCUAAGAGAAUAUCAAGAAAAUGAACAGGAACAGAUAAAUAUGGAUUCGGUUACCAACGGUGCGAAAUGGAAAUGUAUAGAAUGUAAGCGAGUUUUAUGCGGGGAUGUGUCUUAUGAAGGACACAUGAAUAUGCAUCGCUCAUUACGUCCCUACAAAUGUGCAAUAUGUCUUUGUGCGUUUCGUUGUAAAAAUGCGUUAGAAAAACAUGUGGAACUGCGCCACCGUACAGAAACGCCCAUAGAAGAAAUAGUGGAAGAAUCGCCACCAAACAGCAAUUGUGAUAAAUGUUCAAAAACAUUUACAACGCCUGAGGAACUACAAGAUCACCACGAAUUAGUACAUCCUGAAAGUUACCCUGUUCAGUGUCGACACUGCCCACUUAUAGCUCCAUUAACACGCUCUAAGUUGGUUGAGCAUUAUCGUAUUGAACACCCAGCGGAAUAUCACAUACAUUUUCCUACGGUAGGAAGACCGCUGAAUGAUCCGAUGAAGACGACUCCAUGGCAAUGUGAAGUGUGCAAGCGUUAUAUGCGAUCAGAAGCAGCUUUGUGUGACCAUCGACACAGUCAUCAAAAUGAGCGACCGCAUGAAUGUCAGUUUUGUUCGAAGCGUUUUGCUUCAACCAGUAAUUUACGACAACAUAUGCGCGGUGUGCAUGUUGAAGAAUAUGAGAAGCUUAUAAAUGAAACCGGUGAUACCUGUAUGCAAUGUGAAAUAUGUAAGAAGCAGUUACUUCGGCGAAAUUUCGAAAAGCAUAUGGCACUACAUAUUAGAAAAGAACGUGAGGCAAAUGAGGCGCAAACUAAAUUCCUUUGCGCGUACUGCUCGCGCGAGUGUAAAAACCAAAAAUCUCUCACCCAACACGAGAAAAUGCACCAAGGUGCAUCGUCGGAUGUCAUUUAUAUUUGCGCCGAUUGCGAUCGCUCCUAUGCCACACAACAUUUGUUGCAGCAACAUCGCAAGCAGGCUCACAAGGAGCGAGAUAAUUUCUGCCCCAUCUGUGGUAAUGGCUUCAAGCUUAAAAACCAAUUGGUCAAUCAUAUGAAAUUGCACUUGGAAAAGAAUAUAAAAUGCCCGCAUUGUGAGAAAUGUUAUGCGCGUAAGUUCGAUCUAGAUGUACACAUGCGCACUCAUACUGGAGAGCUACCAUUUGCCUGCCAUCUUUGCGAAAAGCGUUUUGCCAUUAAGGUACGACUCACCUACCAUUUACAGAAGCACUAUGGCAUCAAGCAUCGCUGCAAAGAUUGUGAUGCGGAAUUCAAUUCAAAACAAAAACUAAAAGCACACACCUAUAAACACACCGGAAUGCCAUAUCGCUGCGAGAGAUGCAAUGGCCAUGGCUUUGCGAAUCGGGAUGUUUUUAAGAGGCAUUUACAGCGUGUGCACUGCACCAGUAUGAGCGAUGAGGAGCUUGUUGCAAUGUUUCAGCAAAAUACUGGCAAAUCGACACGUAUACGACGCGUUGACCUUUACGAAGAGCAUGUGGACAGAGAACCUAUGAAGGAGGCUACUGAGGAAGACGGGACUUUAAUCAAUGCAGAUGAUAUUGCACUAGAAUCCGAAGUGAUUCACAGCUGAAAAUAUUGUCGGAUAGUUACAUGAUGUUGAAUAUGCAUAUAUGUAUAUGUAAAAAAAAAACUACGAAAUUAUCAAAAAUAAAACUCUGUAGAGCCGUGAGAAUGAUGAA